AUGGGUUUCUGGGACACGAUUGCCGACCUGGCCGAGUCUGUCGCGCCAUGGAGCGUCGCCGAGGCCGAGGCCCCUGCAGCAGAAGACAAGGCCGAGGAAGCACCCGCCGAGGACAGCAAGGAGGAGUCCAGCGACGACAAGUCAGAGGAGGCCGAGGAGGAGCCUGAAGCUGAGGGAGAGGAGGAGGAGGAGGAGGAAGAGGAAGAGGAUGAUGAGCCCAAGGACCCCAAGGAGGAGCUUGAGGAAGAGUGCAAGGAGUCCAAGCAGUGUGCUCCCGCUAAGCACCACUACGAGGAGUGUGUCGAGCGCGUCAACGAAGGUGGCAAGGAAGACUGCACCGAGGAGUUCUUCCACCUCGCCCACUGCGCAACGGGAUGCGCCGCGCCCAAGCUGUGGUCGAAGCUCCGAUAA